GCCUUUGCUCAUCAUACUUCUGAAGAGUGAUUCUUGACAAACUUGGUUCUUGACCACAUCACAAAAUGGAAUUCGAUCCACUUUCAAGAGAUGUACCGCCUUCAAGGCAUGAUGUUGAAUCAGACAGCGAAGGUUCAGAGGAUGAAGAGCAACUCCAUCAAAGAAGUUCAACGGGAGAAGGAUCAAAUCGAACAAAAAAGUCAUUUGUUCCGCCUUCAUUCACACUCAAGGGAAACACAAAGGAUGCUUCGAUCUCACCUUCCUUGCCGUUGACUGUAUUCAUCGGCACUUCCGGAGAGGCGUUCGUGCGAAGUAAUGCUCAAUUCACAGAAUCAUUUGUUCUGCUCAACUCAGACAACGGCGAACAACAAGGAGCACUUGAUCAUUCAAAAUCCGCGACGUAUGCUCUCAUAAGGCCUGAUGCUGAUACGUCCGCACAACAAGCUACUUUGACCUACCUCGCAUCGUAUCUUACUGAGACUUUACGUCCAUCAAGCGUCACAAUCGUUGACGAAUAUUAUCCAGCAUUGUAUCUCUCAGACACAGAACGAGAUUAUGGCGAGGCUCAGCCGAUUCGAGUCUUGAACGCCGGUCAACCUGCUCUGCAAAGUACAAAAGCAAUCAAGAGCGUUCAGCCUUUUGUCGCUCCAAAUUAUAUCACCGGUCUAGGAGCAGCACUUUUAGCACAUGCUGCAAGUAUAAACACUCCUGCCAGUUUGGUAUCGGCCCCUCAGGAAAAAAGUGUGAAUCCUCAUUUGCAAACAUUACAACGUGUUCCAAAUGCUUCUUCUUCCGUCUCUGAUCGACCUGAAGCUUUGGACGCGCUUCUUUCACAAGAGUUGGCAUCACUUCUUUCGAUACAAGCUCCAAAGCAGCAGAAGCCCACCACCACCACAGCACGAUCGCUGGACACUUUCUUGAACGAAAGAAGGACACGCGAAAGAAAGAAGCAACAGAAUGAGAUAUCGGCAAUGUACAUGUAAUAUUAGGGUAAAUGUUCAUGAAAAAUAAAAAGCGUUCAAAAAAAGGUCUAUAAGGAUUGUGAUUAGGUUGUGAUCUUCCCGCUUUUACUCAGCACUUGUCGACUAAUCUAUUUGGUGGUCUGCAUAAAGAAAGGGGGAAAGUCAGUAAAACAAAAGAGAUAGUUUAUCGGAGCCUCAU